GCCUGUCGACCUGUCAACAACAGUGAAUAAAAAUCGAAAAUCGAAUUUAUUUGUACCUAUUGUCAGAAUUUCAGAAAACUGUAAUAAAUUAGUUUCUUUUCUAUUUUCUUCGUGCUGUGAAGAAUACUGCAGUUAUAAAGAAUUAUCUAUAUAUUUGUGUUUAAUAUUAGUUGGUUUAUAUCACAAUUUUGUUAAACUAUUACCAAGUUUUCAAUAACACCAACCCAUGAUGAGGGUCAGAAGACUCUCCGCCUUGUUUUGGACGACGAGCAUCGCUGCUUUCAUUUUCAUUUUGUAUGUUGUGAUGGAACUCACUCUCAAAUUACCAAGUACUAAACCUGGAGUACAAGAAUUGGACAAUAGCAAGUGGUCAUCCCUAGAAUCUAAAUUACGCCACCUGGAGCAUGAGUUGUCACAGCACAAUGCUGUUGUGGAGGAAAUCAAACAAUCUGUGGACCAGAUUGUAGAUCAGUCCCCGCAGGAAUUGCAAGUUCCUCAUAAUAAACCCUUAGAACCUGUUAAUAAAGUGGCGAAAGAGGAUAAAAGUAAUAUACGAGAGUUCAAGCUGGUAGGAGAGGAACCUCCACAAAUGCGAUUUACUAUUGAUGAAUCAAGUUGUGCUAUGAGAAAGCACAGUAUACCAAAGACUGAUGUUCAGAUGUUGUCACUGUAUGAAAGGAUAUCAUUUGAGGACAAAGACGGUGGUGUGUGGAAGCAGGGGUGGGACAUACAGUAUAACGAGAACCAGUGGAGCCAGCAGAACAAGCUGAAAGUAUUCAUUGUGCCCCAUUCACAUAACGACCCUGGUUGGUUAAAGACUUUCGAAAACUAUUACAAAUCCCAAACAAAGGCCAUAUUGAACAAUAUGGUGGAGAAGCUUUCGGAAGGCCAGGACAGGAAGUUUAUUUGGGCUGAGACCAGUUAUCUGUACCUGUGGUGGCGUGACCCAGAUACUACUGAUGCAGAAAAGGUCAAGUUCAAGAAUCUGUUAAAAUCUGGCAAACUAGAGAUAGUAACGGGAGGAUGGGUGAUGAACGAUGAAGCGAACUCCCACUGGCUGUCUAUCGUCCAACAGCUUACUACAGGUCACCAAUGGUUACUGGACAAUGUAGAUUAUAUACCGAAGAACUCUUGGCACAUUGAUCCGUUCGGCCACUCUAGUACACAACCGUACCUCAACAAGUUGGCAGGGUUUGACAAUGCCCUGAUACAAAGGGUGCAUUACAGAAUCAAGAAGGAGCUUGCCUUGAAUAGGCAGUUGGAGUUUAAGUGGAGACAACUGUGGGAUGGUGUUGGUAAGACUGAUAUGUUCACUCAUAUGAUGCCAUUUUACUCAUACGACGUGCCUCACUCUUGCGGGCCCGAUCCAAAGGUGUGCUGCCAGUUCGAUUUCAGAAGAUUGCCCGGGAACGGGGUGACGUGUCCCUGGGGAGUCGCGCCAAGGAAGAUUGUCACCAAGAAUGUUCACGAAAGAUCGGGCGUAAUACUAGACCAAUGGCGUAAGAAAGCACAGCUGUUUCGAAGUAACGUGCUGCUGUUUCCGCUCGGCGACGACUUCCGCUACGACCGCGCCAACGAGUGGGACAACCAGUACCAGAACUACGAGAUGAUCAUAGACUAUAUUAACAAUAGAGACGAGUGGAACACAGAGGUGAGAUUUGGCACCCUACAAGACUACUUCAAGGCGGUCCACUCGGAGGUGAAAUUGUCAAACUUCCCAGCACUUUCUGGCGAUUUCUUCACGUACGCCGAUAGGAACCAACAUUAUUGGAGCGGCUAUUUCACUUCGAGGCCGUUCUAUAAGAGCAUGGACAGGGUACUCCUGGCUUAUGUGAGGGCAGCGGAGUCUAUAACGGCCCUAGCCGUGACGUCAUCCUCCGUAUCGAAAGUGACGUCACUGCAACUGCGCGACAGCGUUGAAGAGGCUCGUCGAACUCUUGCGCUGUUCCAGCACCACGACGGCAUCACGGGCACUUCGCGGGACGAAGUCAGGGAGGACUACGCCAUCAAACUCCUGAAAGCCAUCAAAGCCAGCCAAUCGGUGGUCCAACGCGCCGCCUACUACCUACUCAACCAGCCGGCCAUCUUGGAUCAAGUCCAAGACGACGUGUAUUUCGACGUCGACGACAUCUGGCGGCGACACGACGAGAUCCCGACGAGAAUCACCAUAGCUUUGGACGCUGUGUCGCCCACGAGGAGAUUGGUGUUGUAUAACUCGCUGAUGUUUGAAAGGCAGGAGAUACUCACCGUUUUGGUGUCUACGCCCCAUGUUCAGGUGUACGACCCCGAAGGCAACUUGAUGCCCGCUCAGCUGUCCCCGGUGGUGGCUGGUGAGGAACGGCUGAUGUUCUCCAACAAGUACCAGCUUUCGUUCCCAGUCAGCAUCAAACCGCUCGCGCUUACCACUUACACCGUCUCUUUGAGAGACACCAGCACGAUAAACAAGUACACUUCACACGCCCGCGUCCGCGUGUACAACGCCAACUUUUGGUCCAUAGACUUGCCGAGCAUGUUCGCCGUCACGCAGUCGCAGACGCAGCUCUUAUCUGACAUCACUGUACAAGCCGGAAACGGAACCAGAGUGGUGGCUACGAAGGAUGGCCUCAUCAAGGCUUUGGUCUCGAGAGAUGGCGCCACUACGCCUGUGCAUAUGGAGUUUGUUCAAUACGACUCCCAAAAGCGUCCAGACAACAACAGCGGCGCUUACCUGUUCAUUCCUUCAGGACCCGCUGUCACCUUCAAAGCAGCGCCGUUCCCGGAGUUAGUCGUCAUCGAGGGCCCGUACAAAGCCACGCUGUAUGUGACGCAUUCCUCGCUUAAAGAGGCGGACGUCCUGCUUGCGAUCUCAGUAUACGACAACCCGUCGCUACCGCAAACCGAAGUAGAAAUAAGCAGUACAGUGAUGAUCAGUCCUCUAGCGGACAACUUGGAACUCGCCAUAAGGCUCAGCACGGCCAUCCGGAACGAGGACGUGUUCUACACCGACCUCAAUGGCAUGCAGAUGAUCAAACGCAAAUACUUCGAGAAGCUUCCGAUCCAAGCUAACUACUACCCGCUGCCGGCCGCCGCCUACAUCGAGGACGAGACCACUCGCCUCACACUACUCACCUCCACGCCGCUAGGUGUCGCUGCACUAACUCCUGGUUCUAUUGAGGUGAUGCAGGACCGCCGUUUGUGUUGCGACGACAACCGCGGCAUGAACCAGGGCGUGGAGGACAACGUGCGCACCAGACACACGUUCAGGGUCAUCGUGGAGAAUGCUGACAAACACUGCACGUCCCGCCCGCCAGCGGAGCACCCCAGCGGGCAGCUGUCCCUAGGGGCUCACGUGUCCCACCAGCAGCUGCUGCAGCCGCCGCUGGUGCUGCAGUACUCCCCGCGAGAGCCGGCCUCCGCCCCGGCGUCCUCCAGCAGGCUCAGCUCCGCCGCCGACCUCGUGCUGGCUUCCUGCCGCUCUCACGUCGCCGCCAAGGAUAAAGACGGCAAUAUACUCCACGGCCUGGGAAUGACCUUCCAGCGGGUGCACCUGGACUCUUGCUACGGGAACAAGGAGAUCAGCAAGUGGUACCCAGUGGGAGAUGGACAGGUCCGUAUAAAGGAGAUAGUGGAAGCCCGCCCUGAUCAAGUUCUAGAGAGUACGCUAACGCACGUGCGCACGCGUGGACCGGUUCCCGACGCCGUUCUUGCUCUGUGCCCCAUGGAGGUGCGCUCUGUGUUUAUCAAACAAGACUAAUUUCACUGAUAUCCGAUAGAGAAGACGUUGAAUUUCUUUCUGUUGCGUUUUUGACUAUAAAAGCAGCAAAUGAAGUAAAAUUUAACUUAUUGAUAGUCGUAACUGUUGAGUGCAAUAUGUUGUAAUGAAAAAGACUACUUCUUAUUAAACAAGGUUACUUGACAUAUUUCGUAAUGUAAAGAUCGGUUAAAGCUGAUAUCGCUUUUUGCCACAAUUGCCAAUAUUUGUUACCAACAUUGGCCAUUAGUUUAACUAUAAAACAAACCCCAAAAAUAAGCAUUUAUUUUAAAAUAGAAUGAGUGGAAAUAGUUGAUCUUUGGCGGUUGUAUGAAAUAUUCGUGAGACUGUAAUUUUAGAUAAUUAAAUGUUUGUGUUGUUAUUUUAAAUAAUAAUUUCGGACAUUUGUUAAUAGCAGUAUAUAAUAUAUAAUAAAUCAAAUAAUUUUGAACUUAAAUCGAAGUAAUAAUAAUGAAAUUUUAAUUUAAUUUACUCUAUAUUUGAAAGUUGACUUACUUGACUUAAGGUCCUAUGUCCCCUAGCUGGGGCAGAGGGCAUCCACAGUGCGUCCCCAUCCCGCUCGGUCUUGAGCUUCGCGUUUUAUUUCGCUCCAAGUCUUCCCUAGAUUCUUCACCUCUGCGAUGAUUGUCCGCCGCCAGGUCUGUUUAGGGCGGCCAUGUUUACACUACCACUAUAUUUGAAAGUGACUUAUCUCAAAUGCAUUACAUUUAUAAUUAUUAUUUUUUAUGUAGAUAAUUUAUGUUGGCUAUUAAUCAUUUUCCAUAUUUAUGACGAUAAAGUUCGACAUUGUGUUAUUGUUUCGAAAAGGGGACUUGGAA